AUGUCUUUCCCUCCUCGACAUUCAUCGCCACCAAAGAGGCCGAAGUUGUCUUUACAGAUCAAGACCCCAUCUGCUCCUCAAACCAUUGGAAAGUCCUCGACAGCAUUAAAAUCGGAUAUCAAUCCGUCAUCACCAACGGCACUUAAUACACUUUCAAAUGCAUACGCAACAGCAAUUGAUAAUUCUUCCCCUCAAAUUUCGAAGCCGAUGACCUCCGCAGCCAGACCAUCCUUGAGAAUUCAACCCAUGCCUUCACGAUUACAAACAACACCGCUUCAAACGAAUAUAAGUGCAGAAGAUGGGUAUAUACAUCCAUCGGAGCGCACUGCAACACCUGGACCAUUUGCGAUAUCAUAUCCGGAUACACCAAGUUCAGCCCGUCCCAAGGAUAGCCCUACUUUUACAUUCACCCCUCCACAUUCAGCUGGAGGCUCUAAUAAGAUGUAUGCCUUUUCAUCGCAAGUUUCAAACAGCGCAUCACCGCGAAGCAUGAGGCGACAUACACCAUAUACACAUCCCAAAUCACUCCAUAGUAUUCUUCGCAACUCACCACUGCCACCUCCUAGCUCAGUAGUACCUGCGACACCAAAUACCGCAAGUCGAAUAGCAAUGAAAUUAGCAAACAGGGGCACGAAGAGGGUAGAAUACGACGAUCCUCUAACGCAAACGAUCACAACGAAUAAAUACGUAAAAUCGCACAUUGAUCUCCUCUCCGAGGACUCCCCUCAUUCCGCAACUGAUCCAGAAUUUGCCAUUCUAGACACUCUCGACACAACCAUGAAAUACACGGGUGAUGAAACGCGGGACGGUGGUCAGACACCAGGUCCAUUUGAAGAAAUGCGACGAAGGAUGGCAGAAAGUGGCUUAGAAACACCCGCUUCUCGAAAGCGGAAGCGCAAGGAUAAGAAGAGAAAGUGGAGAUGGACCAUAGGAGAUGGAGAGGAUAGUGAUGCGCAGACAACGCCCACGACUGCUAUGGAAAGAACACCAAUUACAUCGAUUUGGAGGGGUACAGAAACUAUUAAUACGGAUUCAAUAGUGAAUGGGAAUGGAGACGGGAUGGAAACUAUUUCAACAGGUGGAAACAAUGUUCCAUCGGAUGAAGCGAUCGAUAGUGAGAGAAUUUGUUUAGGAAAUUAUGAGGGGGGAGAGGGGGGGAUAGAUGAUCGUGAUAGGCGAGGACAAUCCGUGGAUUUCUUUACCGAUUCAGAAAUGUCAGAAGAGGGUAGUGAAAGACCUGGCACAUCACAUUCUCUUUAG